AUGGCUGAUUUGGGCGUUGUUAAAGAUUGCGUUCCAAAUCUUGACACUGUCAAGUCUGAAUUACCGUCUGUUAAGUCGUUCCGUGAGAAGAUCUCCGUCCACAGUCAUAUUAAGGGUCUUGGUGUGAAUCCUUCCAUUUUCAACGUGGACACAUCGCUAAUAACAACUCCUGGGGAUGUAACUGAUAAGACAUGGCAGUCUUAUAUAGAUUGUUUCGAUAUUGGCUGUGGAUUGGUUGGCCAAUACCGUGCUCGUGAGGCAGCUCAGCUUGCUGUUGAUAUGAUAAAGUGUAAGAAGAUGGCAGGAAGGGCCCUUUUGCUUGCGGGCCCUAGUGGAAGUGGCAAGACCGCUCUUGCCAUGGCCAUAGCUCGAGAGUUGAACACAUCGGCGCCUUUUACUGUCCUUUCUAGUACCGAAGUUUUCAGUAGCGAGGUUAAGAAGACUGAGGUUUUGAACGAGGCAUUUCGGAAGUCAAUCCAUAUAAUCUUGAAGGAGGAGAAACAGGUGUACGAGGGUGAAGUGACCGAGUUGGUUGCUGAGGAGACUGAGAAUCCUAGUGGCGGUUUUGCAAAAUGCAUCAGUGCCGUGAUCAUUACCCUUAAAACUGUCAAGGGUACCAAGACAUUGAGACUGGCGCCACAGAUCCAUGACCAACUUGUUAAAGAGAAGGUCACUAUAGGAGAUGUGAUUUAUAUUGAUGCCACGACAGGUCAAGUGCGACGUUGCGGUCGCUGUGACAACUACGCUACUGAAUUUGACCUUGAGGUUGAGGAAUACGUCCCGCUUCCAAAAGGGGAGGUGUAUAAGCAUAAGCAAUGCGUCCAGGAAUUAUCGCUGAACGACCUUGAUAUGGCCAAUGCUCAGCCAACGGGUGGUAGCGAUGUGUUAUCUAUGAUGAACCAAUAUCUUCGUCCUAAGAAGACUGAGAUUACUGAGAAAUUGAGGUUAGAGGUUAACAAGGCUGUUAAUCGUUAUACCGACAUGGGUGUUGCUGAGGUUGUUCCUGGUGUGCUUUAUAUCGACGAGGUCCACAUGUUCGAUAUCGAGUGUUUCACUUACUUGACAAAAAUGUUGGAAUCUCCAUUGUCUCCAGUAGUGAUAUUAUCUACAAAUCGUGGUGUCUGUACCGUCCGGGGUACUGAGUCCAUCGAGCCACACGGUAUCCCUGUUGAUUUGCUCGACAGGUUGAUGAUCAUCAAAACCCUUCCUUACACCAUUGAGGAGAUGGUCCAAGUGUUGCGUAUACGGGCGAAGGCUGAGAACGUGCCACUGAGUGACGAUGCUCUUCUUCGUUUAGGUGAAAUCGGUGCUAAUACUAGUCUGCGCUAUUGUAUGCAACUACUCGCUCCCGCCAAUAUUUUAAGAGAGCUCGAACAGUCUGUCGUCCUCGAGAGGCGGUUCAUCGACGACGCCGAUUCGCUAUUCAUGGACUGUAAGGUCUCAGCACAAAGGAUAGCGAGACAAGCUCACAUGUUCGUAUCUUAA